UCAUGGCCACUUUUCAUCGAAGUCUAGCAGUGUGAGGAAGAUCUCCAAUUUGAAAUUCUGUGUCUUCCCACAAUUCCUCCUGGCGUAAAUGAGCAAACUCAUGCACCCCACUGUUCGUACCUUCUUACGCUUGACCUGGAAUGGCAGGCGCCGUACGCCUUCUUGGCUACUUGCAUUAUCCUGUUUAUCCCCAUGCCGUGACAUCGUCAACAUCAACCAGCACUGCUCACGAAUUAUAUUCUGUAGACUCGAAUCCCGUACACCAUGGAACCUGACGCCCUCUCCCAACUAAAAAUCCUCCUAGCCGCUGCCCCAACCCUCCGCGCUCAACUCAGCAACACCGAGCGCCUUCAACUUAGCGGAUUAGCCGAGGCGCUAAGAAACGAGUUGGAAAGACCAGAUGAAGCCGUCUUCAGGGUGACGUUCAAUGAGCCCGGACAUUAUCUCGCCAUUCGACUUGCUUUGCAAUGGGGUGUUUUCGAGGCGCUGGGUGAUGUUGGAGAGAAGGAGGUAUCGUGUAAGCAGAUUGCUGAGGGUGCGGGGGCAGAUGCGCGGUUAGUUGCACGCUUCCUACGCCAUCUAGCCGCAAACGGCACGAUCCAUGAAGUCGAUGUCGAUACAUACGCCAGCACUCGCCUCUCAGCUUCUCUAAGGCAAAAGUCUUUCAAGGAUGCUAUACACUUCAUGUUUGACGACUUCUACAACGUAGGCUGGCGCGUCCCGUCAUUCCUCGACUCAAUCUCUCACCUUAAUCCCUCCGAUAUUAACAACGGCCCAUUCCAACACGCUCAUGGCUUCUCUAACAAGUCGCUUUACACCGUUUUCAAUGAAGAUGCAGCGAUGGGAGAGCGCUUCGGUGGUAUGAUUCAGAUGUACAACGCCGGUAAGCCUUUCUUUUGGGAGAAUGGGUACUAUCCAUUCAAAGAGCGAUUGGUGGUUAGUGGACCCACUUCUGACGAAGAGGUAUUGCUUGUCGACAUCGGCGGCGGCGAUGCAGGCGAUUUGGGUCUGCUGAAGAAAGCGCUUGGAGAUGAUGUCAAGGGUCGACUUGUGCUACAGGAGUUGAAGCACAUUGUUGAUAGAAGCAAGCAAGAUGGGUUUGAAGCACAUGUUGGUGACUGGAAUGAGGUUCAGCCGAUUAAAGGUGCCAGAGCUUACAUGCUCCAGCAUAUUCUCCAUGACUUCAGUAGCGAUGACGCGUGUCGCCGCAUCCUGCGCAACAUCGUCCCCGCUAUGAAGCCCGGUUACUCCAAGCUUCUCAUCAAAGAGCUUCUUAUACCUGAUCAAAACGCGCCGUGGGCGUUUACUGCCAUGGAUGUCAACGUUAUGCAGUCACUUUCUGGUCAAGAGCGGACUGAGUCGCAGUUUCGCGAACUACUCGGGUCAGUGGGGCUAAAGAUGGAGGGUAUUUGGGGUCAUGAGAAUGCGUUGGAUGUGGUCAUCGAAGCCUCUCUGCCCUAGAUCCCUAUCUACACAAACUCCCAGUCGGAAUUAGAUGGUUCUUCACUCGGUAUAACAUACUUCCUCCAUCCCUC